AUGGUCACAAGCAAAACAGACAAUUCCAGCUGGCACGAGCCCCGGCUCGGCGGGAGGAGGAUCGCCCUGCUGGAGGCCCGCGGCAGGAGGGAGCCCGGCCGCCCGCCCGCCGCCUACAGCAACCGCGUGAGCUCCGUGUCGCCCGGCUCCGCCGCGCUCCUGGGCAGUUUUGGUGCCUGGGAUCACAUCUGCAGCCUGAGAUGCAAAUCGUUUAGACGAAUGCAGGUGUGGGAUGCUUGCUCGGAAGCCAUGAUCACCUUUGAGAAGGACAACUUGGAUGACAUGGGUUACAUCGUGGAGAACGAUGUCAUUAUGGCUGCGCUCACGAGGCAGCUGGAUGCGGUAGCAGAGCGGGUGGAGGUCUUCUACCGGAGCAGAGCGGUGGGCUACACCUGGCCCCUUCCCCAGCACGGCUCUGACACGAGCCCCUGGGUCCAAAUCGAGUUAGCUGAUGGCCGCAGACUUCAGACCAAGCUGCUGAUCGGUGCAGAUGGCCAUAACUCUGUGGUCCGGAAGGAAGCUGAAAUUCAGAACAUUGAGCAUCAGUACGACCAGUCCGCUGUGGUGGCCACUCUUCACCUGUCUGAGGCCACGGACAAUAACGUAGCGUGGCAGAGGUUCCUUCCCACGGGGCCAAUUGCACUUCUCCCGCUCUCUGACACUGCCAGCUCUCUGGUGUGGUCUACAUCCCAUGAGCAUGCCUCACAACUGCUCGCUAUGGAUGAGGAACGUUUUGUGGACAGCAUCAACUCUGCCUUUUGGAGCAACAUAAACCACACAGAUUUCAUUGACGCUGCYGGGGCCAUGUUUCGAUCUGCUAUUUCAGUCCUGAGGCCUUCGGGAUCUGCGGUCCGCCAGCUGCCCCCCAGCGUAGCCAAGGUGGAUCCCGAGAGCCGAGCCCUGUUCCCGCUUGGAGUGGGGCACGCGACGCAGUACGUCCAGCACCGCGUGGCCCUCAUCGGGGAUGCAGCACACAGAGUCCACCCACUUGCAGGACAAGGUGUAAACCUGGGCUUUGGUGACGUGUCGUGUUUAGCGCAGCACCUCAGCGCAGCAGCCUUUGACGGCCAAGACCUGGGCUCCUUGAAACAUCUGUUGAAGUUUGAGACCGCGCGACAGAGGCACAACCUCUCCUUGCUGGCCGCUACUGAYGCGCUGAAGAGGCUCUACUCCACCAGGCUGGCGCCCGUGGUGCUGCUGAGGACGUGGGGACUGCAAGCCACAAACGCCCUGCCACCGCUCAAGGAGCAAAUCAUGGCUUUUGCCAGUAAGUGAUCUCUUGUCACUUUGGAACUGCAGUUUGUCAGUGAAUGCAUYGCCUCUACAAGGACUAUGGCCAACUUCAUUCUUUGGAAGGUGUUAUUUUGAUUUAACAAUAAAAGUGAGGAUUGAGCUGUGUUUUGCACCCUCCAUGGCUUAUACAGAAUUUCUGUCUCCACGGCUUGCUCUUCUCAAGAGGAUGUGGCUUCUCUUCCUAGGGUACCACAGCAUCUUCAGCUACGGAACUAUCUUUACRGGUGCUUCUAACUUGGGCCUUUUGCAGUGAAGAGUGAAGUGGAAAGAGCAGUUUGUCUCAUCUCUUAAUGGGUGCAGUGCUGAGUGGGAUCUUUCUAGUGCUGCAGUGCCAGCUGCAACCUGGGCUGCUUGGC